UUCUGUUGCCUGUUUUCUUAUGAUGCAGCCCCCAUACGCUGCUGUGUGAUUCCCGCCACAAUUACAGCACUUGACCUGUUCAUUUUCUCCACAUUGUCCAUAUUCAUGCUCUCCUCCACACCUUCCACAUCUCAUCUUAGCAUGACACACACUAGCUAUAUGCCCAUAGCGUUGGCACUUGAAACAACGUACUGGGGGUGGCACGUAAGCUCUAACAUAGAAGCUUAGAUACCCAAUCAUGAUUCUCUCUGGUAGGACCUCCUCUGCAAAUUGCACUAGCACGGAUUCGCUCUCAGUCUUUUCACCUUUUCUAAAUGCCAUCAUUCUUUUCAUCAUAGUGACAGUUCCUCCUUUUAUUUCUUUUUUCAGAUCAUCUAAAUUUUCUCCUCUUGGCAUUCCUGUCACGACGCCUCUUGCCCCCUUUCGUUCUUCCACUUCGAUUUUUUCCUUUAUUAUUUUGUUGCACAGUUUUUGCAAUCGCAUUGCUUUGUUCUUUUGCUCUCCAUUUUUGCAUUUAAUCAACAGCCGUCCGUCCCUGAGCACCUUCGCUAUCUCCACCUCUGCAAUGUCCUUCUUUAAUCCCUUAACCAGUGUCAUCAAACUAAUGUCAUUCAUAUCUUGGUUUGAUUUAAAUGUAUAAAUUAUCUUAUAUUCAUCUACCAUAACCCUUUUCCUCUUAUCAACCUCUUCAUAGUCUUCAUGCACUCUUUUAGCACUCGACUUUCCUUCACUCCCUCCUCUCCCCUUCUUUCCUCUCUCCCCUCUAGUCCUAUCCAUUUCCAUACUAUCCUCAUACAUCCUGUCACUAUCCCCUUCCAUCUCGAUCCAGUCACAAAACAGCUUAUGCUCAACCGCCAAAACAGAUUUAGACACUCUCGCCGACGCCAAAUUCACUCCAAAUGUUUGGUAGUUCCGCGUCUCUCCUUCCGGAAGCUUCCACCCCAAAUGCUAACGAGAAACUUGAGGCGCUUUUGAUGGCAAAAAGAAGGGGCGGAGCAUGGGGCGGAAAACUAAAUUUGAUCAAGCGCAAAUGAUUGGUUGAAAACUCUGACGUCAUCAUUACGAGCAGUCCCCUUUUGAUGACACGGAAAUUAUAAAUUGGGCGCGGGCUGUUUGCUACCAAGCUAGUGGAGGCGUUACUGGCAUAACGAUAGAGAAAACAGACUUGAUUGAAAAUGGAGGAACCCAGCAGAGAACGGCUUUCCAUGGCGGCCCAGAAGAUUCUGGCUGUUCUCCAAGCCCAGAGUAAAGCAGCCAGACAUGGGCACAGGAGGUCUCAUAGCAACCAGAGGCUGAUGGGGGCUUCUGGCACUCGGACCAAAAAUGAGGAAGCAUGGCAGGGCCCAGGCUUCUCCAGCGAGAACGGAAAUCCCAGUUCUCUCCUCAGUAUUCCUCCUCCAAAGGAUGAGUUCUGCGAUCCUACAUUGUUCCCCUGUGGUCACCAUGCUGAGGCGCUCACUGUCAAAAUGAGCACAGAAGAAAACCUGGGGAGGAAAAGUUGCCUCAUGCCAAUGUCACUGCAUGGGAACGCUCAGCACUUAAAUAAUAUCCAAGUCAGCACUGGAAGCAGCACAGCCUUGCCUUGCCUCCGAAACACGUCAUUGCAGGAAUCCAGACCCCUAAAUGGACUACAAAGCACAAGUCAACCUGCACCCCAAAAUCCAGUUCUGCCUAAUUCCUUGAAGAGGAAGAAUGAACAAAAAAAUAGAACACCUCCCCCCCAAGUUUCCCUGCAUUUUGUUGCAGCCUUGGAAGCGAAAACCAACUGCUUGCAUAAACCACAAGAGAUGACGACUGGCCUGCGAAGACGUCUGAUCAAUAACGGCGCCCGUAACAGCUGCUCAAAACCAGGCUGGCUAGCUGCUAUCUUGACCUCUGAUUCUAAAGUGAAGGAUGCUGAGGCGCUGAACCUAAAUGCAAAAAGGCAGAUGUUUGAGGUAGUUAGGCAGGCUCAGGCAGUGCUGCUAACCAUGGUGUACCGAGAUGGUAGCACUCAGUUACACUCAGGGACGAAGCUCACUUCACCAGUGUGUGGCAUCCUACUACUAUUUAAGAAUGAUCUGGACAACACCAAACCGCAGGACUCACUUGGCCUCAAUGACCUACUGCUCUACCUAAAACUUGACUUCACCCCAACAUGGGCCCAACAACACACGCAGCAGACACACAGGACUUUCACCAGAGACCUACUUCUACAGGUUUUAUUUUCAGACCAAAUGGUUGUGUGCUACAAGGCCAAGAAUUUGCUUUGCACAGUUCUGCAGUUGUACAGACAACACAUCAGCUGGAAACGAGUGUCAGGCUGCAAUAUCCAGGACCCUCAGGUAUCAGGGUGGCUCCUGGACCCUGGAGAUCCCUGCUCUACCUACCAGGGCCUUCUUAACAAACAUUUCAGGGUGUCACAAUCAGCACCAGCUACGAGUACCACACAGGUCAUCUUAGAUCUUUGCUCCCUCUACUGGCUCAACAAGGAGCUUUGUUCUAAACUUCAGAGCCAAGGUCUGUGGAAGAUGUACUUGGAUAUGGAGCUGAACAUGAUUCCUAUUCUCGCAGCAAUGGAGAGCCAUCGCAUCCGUGUGGACAAAGAUGUGGUUAAGAAUAUGUCAGACUUGCUGGGGUCUAAAAUGAAGCAGUUAGAGGAAGAAGCCCAUCGAGCAGCUGGUCAAAUGUUCCUUGUUACCAGCAACAUUCAGCUGAGAACUGUUCUGUUUGAAAAGCUGCGCCUUCAUGAGCUCUGUGAGAAGAAGAGGCUUCCCAAGACCUUCAGCACACAGCAGCAAUCUACCUCGGAAGCUGCAUUGAUGCUGCUACAGGAUUUGCAUCCUCUGCCAAAAAUUAUUUUAGAAUACAGACAGGUCCACAAAACCAAGUCUACUUUUGUCGACGGGAUCCUUUCGUGCAUGAUGGGCAGGGACUACAUUUCCUCCACGUGGUCGCAGACAAGUGUGGUGACGGGCAGAAUCUCUGCAAAGCACCCAAACUUCCAGGCUAUCCCAAGACAGCCACUUACAAUCAGCAAGAGGCAAUACAUACAUGGAAAGGAGGAAGAGGUGGUGACUGUUCAUCCUCGGGCAAUGUUCAUUCCUCAAGAAGGCUGGGCCUUUGUUGCUGCAGACUUCUGCCAAGUAGAGCUGCGACUCCUGGCACACUUCUCCUCUGACCCUGAGCUGCUUCGCAUCUUUAAAUACCAUCAGGCAGACAUCUUUGCUAUGCUUGCUUCUCAGUGGAAGGGAGUGAGUGAGCAAGAGGUGACUUCAGAGGACAGGGAACACGCGAAGCGCAUUGUGUACUCUCUUGUGUACGGAGCAGGCCGUGAGCGCCUGUCCGGCAUUCUGGGUGUGAGCGUCGAGCAGGCCGUCCAAUUCCAAGACACCUUCCUCCAGACGUACCGAAAAGUCCAGACCUUCAUUCAGACGACCAUCCAGCAGAGCCACAAACAGGGUUAUGUGUGUUCCAUCAUGGGUCGCCGGCGCAUUCUGCAUAAUAUCAACUCUCCAGAUCGGGCGAUUCGCAUGCAGGCGGAGAGACAGGCAGUCAACUUUAUCAUCCAAGGAUCUGCAGCUGACCUCUGUAAGAUGGCCAUGAUCCGAGUCUUUAACCUGGUCUAUUCCUCCAGUUCACUCUCUGUGAGGCUCAUAGCCCAGCUCCACGAUGAGCUGCUAUGGGAAGUGGAGGAGUCGCACGUGCAAGAGUUUGCAGCUCUGAUGAAGCGCACUAUGGAGGGUCUUCGGCACAUAGACCAUACAGAUGUCCAUCUCAAAGUUCCCCUGAAGGUGGCAGUCUCCAGUGGCAAGUCUUGGGGUUCCAUGUCUGAUCUUUACAUCCCUUCUUUCUCCUAGUGCCCUCGUAACAUUUAUCUACCUCCUCCACCUCUCUCACUCUACGUUUUCUUCAUCAUUCAGCAACUUCUUAGAAUCGCUCUGCCUGUGUGUCUCGCCUCAUUCGUCCUGCAUCCACAUUGCCAUGGAAACACAGCAGCUGCGGCUCCUUCCCGCUCCCAGUCUUUUUUCACUCCGUUCGUAUCCGGGGUAACGGCAUCAGCUAUAGACUAGAUUGCACCAGUUCUUUCUUUUUUUUCUUUUUCUCCUCCAUUUCCACUCUUUUUUCUUGAGAUUGUUGCUCUCGCUUUGUUACUGAGGUGACUAUACAUGUUCGAAAGAGUGAUAUUUGAAUUAUUUACUGUUGUAUGCUUAAUAAAGCAUGCUGGUU